GUCAUGGAAGGCCUUUGAUUUGUUGGAUCAGUCUGCCCUCCUGCUAACAAGACCAAGGAAGAAAAGAAAUUUAAGGAAAGAACUGGUGUUGUUGCUGCUAAGAAGAAGAUCAAGCAAGUUAACAAGAAGAAAUCAAGAGGAAGACAAUGGGGAGCCAUGUGAAAGAUUCAGAUUCCACCUACUAAGUGCGCCCCAGUUGCACACACAUUGGCCCCAGUACCAAGCUCAAGCUCAAGAUAGAUUUGGAAACAAGCAGGACUUUGAAGAACAUGGCAUGAGUUUGCUUUCUUGGAUCAGUCUGCUCUCCCUCCUAACAAGACCAAGGAAGAAAAUAAGUUUAAGGGAAGAACCAGUGCUUCUAAGAACAAGAUCGAGCAAGUCAACAAGAAGUAUUACUUUGAUUUGCUCCCUCACUUUAGUGCUUCAUACACAAAAAGUAAUGGAGGUCUCCAAGGCCCCUUCCUCUUCUGGUUUGGCAACCCGCCAUCCCCCCAAAGAGAUUCUUGAGACAUGGCACAGUGCCAAUGCGGUGUGCUUCGAUGUGGAUAGCACUGUAUGCUUGGAUGAGGGUAUUGUCGAGCUUGCUGAUUUCUGUGGGGCUGGGCAGGCGGUUGCCGAGUGGAAGACAAAGCAAUUGUCACAGUUUCUGGGGUAUGUUAGUUGUUUAGCAUAUAAUAUCUUCCAAAAAACUAAUCUUGGCCUUAUUAGUCUCAGGGCGAUGACAGGGACCGUUCCAUUUGAUGAGGCUCUUGCUGCCUGGAUCUCUUUAAGUAAACCAUCUCUGUCCCAAGUUGAGGACCGUUUGGAGAAGAGGCCACCCAGGAUUUCUCAACGCUGAUUUUAUCAAGACAUUAAAAGCCAAUAAUAUUGAAGUAUUCCUUGUGUCCGGAGGUAUCCGGCAAAUGAUCAAGAUCAGCAUCUGUGUGUGCCGCUGCUUGCGAGGGACAAAAAAGAGGUCGAUUUGAAAUUGUGGAAGAGCAAGGAGGCCGGAAGAAUUGUGCACUUCUAUCCUUUCCACUAACGCAUCAUAGCAUCUGAUCUGUACCCACGUCGUUGGGACCGGCAUCCUCGCGCCAAGGCGCGAUCACGAUGUAGUGGGAGAAGAUCUGUGGGCUUUUUGUAAUUUACCCGUAGGUUUAGCAUUUGCCUUUAUUAUAUCAACACCAUCAUAUGCUUCUUAGUUAAUUUUUUUAAAAUGUUUAAAUUCAAAUUUAUUGAAAUUUGUUAGGAGUAACAACAUUUUGCAUGCAUAAAAGUAGCCCCAACAAACUAUGUUAUGCGUAAGACUUUAGUUAUCUAUUCUGGGUUGUGGAUCA